AAAUCUUUUCAUAUAUUCAAAACGAUUACUUGAUUUUUCAAUGCCGGCCAAGAAUGCAAUUUGAAGUUUUUUAUUUAUUGAAUAAACAAACAUAAAAGUCCAAAGAGUUGUCUCUGAAUUUCAGCUUCUAUCUCUUUCCCCUCUUUUGCCCGUUGUUGUGUUUCUUGCUUCCAUAAGUAAUUUGAUAAGAACAUGGAGGACAACGGUGUGAUUGCAAAAGAUGUUACUGAAUUGAUAGGUAAAACACCAUUGGUAUAUCUGAACCAUAUGGUAGAUGGCUGCGUUGCUCGAAUUGCUGCCAAAUUAGAGAUGAUGGAACCCUGCUCCAGCGUCAAAGACAGGAUAGGGUACAGUAUGAUUGCAGAUGCAGAGGAGAAGGGUCUGAUUACACCGGGUGAGAGUGUCCUGAUUGAACCAACCAGUGGAAAUACUGGAAUUGGACUGGCGUUUAUGGCUGCUGCUAAAGGUUACAAACUUAUAAUCACCAUGCCUGCUUCAAUGAGUUUGGAAAGGAGAAUGGUUCUCCGAGCCUUUGGAGCUGAGCUGGUUCUUACAGAUCCAGCCCGUGGCAUGAAAGGGGCAGUUCAGAAGGCAGAGGAAAUUCUUGCCAAGACACCUAAUGCCUAUAUCCUUCAGCAAUUUGAGAACCCAGCCAAUCCAAAGGUCCAUUAUGAGACUACUGGACCUCAGAUAUGGAAAGGUACAGGUGGGAAGGUAGAUGCAUUUGUUUCUGGUAUAGGGACAGGGGGUACUGUAACAGGUGCAGGAAAAUAUCUCAGAGAGCAGAAUCCUGACGUUAAGCUCUAUGGUGUAGAACCAUUGGAAAGUGCCAUAUUAUCUGGUGGAAAACCUGGUCCACACAAGAUUCAAGGAAUUGGUGCUGGCUUUAUCCCGGGGGUUUUGGAUGUAAAUUUACUUGAUGAAGUUGUUCAAAUAUCAAGUGAAGAAGCUAUUGAAACAGCGAAGCUUCUUGCACUAAAAGAAGGCUUGCUGGUUGGAAUAUCAUCCGGUGCUGCUGCUGCUGCUGCAAUUAAGAUAGCCCAAAGGCCAGAAAAUGCUGGAAAGCUCAUUGUCGUGAUCUUCCCAAGCUUUGGAGAGCGUUAUCUUUCUUCUGUGCUGUUUGAAUCCGUGAAGCGGGAAGCAGAGAACAUGGUUUUUGAACCUUGAGGAGUACUGUGCGUAUUGUUUUCUCAGUGCAUGCUUUUGCUUCUUCUUUUGAUUCCUAAUAAACCCCGUCAUAUUGAAGCUUUACUGUUAUAUGUACGUUAAGGGAACACUCCCUGGCCUGCACUCUGGACAUGGUAUUAGAACUGAUGUGAUAAUGAAUAAAGUUGGGCAUAGCCUGUUUGGGAAAGACAUAAAUUCUCUUUUAUGUUUUUAACAUCCAUCUCAUUGUUUGGCCAAAAUAAAUUCCAUGGCUUUGA